AUGCAUCUAAAUAUGGCCAAAUCACUGGAGAUUGACGUCAAUGAAAGAAACUGGAAAAGCCUAGAAAACUUGGUCACUCCAUGGGGAAUCCAAAAGCCUGAGAGGUGCUGUUUUAAAAAUACCAACUUAAUCGACGUCUUCGAUGGUCAAGUAAGAAAAAAUGCAUACGUCUACACAGAAAACGGAAUCAUAUCAAAGAUCGUAUAUUCCGAUGCUGCCCACGUCGACAUGGUGGGCUACAGAGUUAUAGAUGGUACUGACAAGUAUUUGAUGCCAGGGCUCUUUGACAAUCAUGUUCAUGUAACAUCUGUUCCCGGAGAGACAGAUCUUGUACGCACUCUUGACACUGCAAAAAGCACUGCUUUAAUGAGAGUCAGAUAUAACCUGGAAAGUGCGCUCAAAAGAGGGUUUACUACUAUGAGAGAUUGUGGUGGUGCUGAAAGCUACAUUAAGAAAGCUGUCGAGGAGGGAAGUGUCAGAGGGCCUCGCUUAAUCACCUGCGGCCAUGCAAUUUCGCAGACGGGCGGCCACGGUGAUAUGCGUAGAAACGAUAUGCCUGGCGAAGCACUUGAUAACUGCGAGUGCCACAUCAAUAACCUGGGUAUUGUUGCAGAUGGAGUCCCGGAGUGUUACAAAGUGACCAGAGAAGAAUUUCGGAGAGGCGCGGACUUCAUUAAGAUAAUGGCAGGUGGAGGUGUCGCUUCUCCGACUGAUAAGAUUACUAACUUGCAAUUUUGCAAAGACGAAAUCAGCGCUAUUGUUGCAGUUGCGGAUACUUAUCACUCUUAUGUUACCGCCCAUGCGUAUACACCUGAAGCUAUCAGAAAUUGUAUCAGCUUGGGAGUUAAAGGUAUUGAGCAUGGUAACCUUCUGGAUGAUAACACGGCGAAGCUUAUGGCUGAAAUGGGCUGUUACUUAACCCCGACCCUAGUCACUUACAAAAUACUAGCCUCCGACCAAUUCGGAUCAUUUCUGAAAAAAGAUAACGCUGAAAAGAAUAUGAGUGUCUUAAGGCAUGGCAUGGAAGCCCUUUCCAUUGCCAAGAGACAUAAGGUCAAAAUUUGUUACGGUUCAGACCUACUAGGAUCUUUGAAUGGCUAUCAAACUCAGGAAUUCUUUAUCAGGAAUAAAGUACUAUCGUCACAUGAAAUUUUGCUGUCCGCGACCGUUACUCCAUCCGAGAUGAACGGAAUGGCAGACAAGCUUGGCCAGAUCAAAAUCGGUUUCAUCGCUGAUUUGCUUCUCAUGAAUGCAAACCCAUUGGAGAACAUCUACGUUCUUGAUGAACCGGAAACAAACUUACUUGUUGUGAUGAAGGAUGGUUGUAUAUACUAA